CAUUUCAGUCCAAGCAGCUGGUGACUUGGUCUAAAGUCUUUAUAGAAACAGAACAAGAUGAAAACUUUGCUUUUGUUGCUUCUCUUCUGUCGUGUUUCAUCAACUGUGAAACACUCACUGAAAUAUUUCUCAACUGGAUUAUCUGGAGUCUCACACCUUCCAGAACUUGUGACUGUUGAAGCGCUUGAUGACAUCCAGACUGUGUACUGUGACGGCAGCAACAGAAAAAUAGAAUUAAAACUGGACUGGGAGAAAAAAGUCUUUGAAAAUGAUUCUGAUCACUUAAAGUUGUACACUCACUAUUGUUUUGUGAUGUAUCCUCACCUCUUCAAAACCACAAUUUCCAGUCUAAAGCAGGUGUUCAACCAAAGUGAAGGUGUUCACGUUUUACAACUUAUGGAAGGCUGUGAAUGGGAUGAAAUGACUGGAGAGGUUACUAGCUUCAUGCAGUGUGGUUACGAUGGAGAAGACUUCAUGGCUCUGGAUCUGAAGACAUUAACAUGGAUCACUCUGAAACCUCAGGCCGUCUCCGCCAAGCUGAAAUGGGAUUCAGACACGGCCAGAAUAAAAUUAGAUGAGCAGUUCUUCACUCAGAUUUGUCCUAAGUGGUUAAAGAUGUAUUUACACUAUGGGAACAGCACUCUGUUGAGAACAGACGUCCCCUCGGUGUCUCUCCUCCAGAAGACUCCCUCCUCUCCAGUCAGCUGCCACGCUACAGGUUUCUACCCUGACAGAGCCAUGAUGUUCUGGAGGAAAGAUGGAGAGGAAAUUCAUGAAGGAGUGGAACAUGGAGAGAUCCUCCCCAACCAUGAUGGAUCCUUCCAGAUGAAUGUUGACCUGGACAUUUCAUCAGUCUCACCUGAAGACUGGAGGAGGUACGACUGUGUGUUUCAUCUCUCUGGUGUGGAGGACGACAUCAUCACCAAACUGGAUGAAACACAGAUCAGAACCAACUGGGUUGAGAAGUCCAGUAACCAGACCUCCAUCACCAUCAUCAUCUCUGCAGUGGUUGUUCUUGUUGUCGUCUUUGCAGCAGCUGCUGGAUUCAUGGUUCAUAAAAAGAAACAAGACAGUGAAGACAGCUCUGAGCUCUCUGAGAGACUGAAUCCAGAAACUUGACCGACAAUAUAUUUUUCUUAUAUUUUGAACUUUAAAAAACUUACCUGAAUUACAGGUGAACACUAUACACUGUCCAACACUUGAUACUAGAAAACUGAAACCAUGUUAUUUUCUGUUGUGGGGCAGAUUCAUCAUAAUUGUGACGUUUUACAGAGAUUGGAUCAAAUGAAGUCUGGUGGAUCCACUAUUAUUGAGCAGGAAGUCACAUUCACAUGGGCUGGUUUCACCACUGUGGGAUAAAUAUGUUAAUGCUGUACAUGAGUUUCUCCAUUGAUUGUGUUUCUGCUAUGUGUUAAACAGAUUUUCGUUUUUUCUUUUUUCAACGUUUAGGGCUAAAUUGGGCCUAAAUAUGUAGCAUUCCUAUGUUUUAAUAUUGUGUUGUAAAAGCUAACAUGUUUUUACGUUUAUUUGUGUUUUCUUAAGAAAAUCUGUUUUAAAUAGUGUCUUGCGUUAAAGCCUGAGAGUACAGAUAGUAUUGUUUUACACAGUCAGUGAGUUUACAUGUACAGUUUACAUGCAAAAUUCGACUUUUGAAUGCAGUCCGUGUCUACAGUACCAAAACAGAAUUAAUGAAUCCAAGUUCCGUUCACACCUGAUGAUGAUGAUGAUGUUUAAAUGUGAGCUCACCUGAACUCUCACAGCAGUUACUUGUUCUCUUGCAGCUCAGCUUAUUGAUUGAACUUACAUGUGUAUGAAGAUCCUAAUGAAUAUGUUUAAAUGCUGAACCAAUCAUCUCAGCUGGUUUUAGUUCAUGCUGUGAUUUAGGUUGACCUGACAGCUGACUGUGAGCAGCUCUAUCACUACUAUUGUUCUUUUAGUUAAUGUUAAAGAUAAUCAUCAGUAUAUGUGUGGAAUUACAGUUUUGAUGAAUAAAGGUAA